GAAAAAAGAAACACAGAACCGCCAAAGAAGAGGGUGAACUAAAACCAUACAAAUGGUAGUUCAAUAAAAUAAUUUUUUCCAGAAGAACAAUUAAAAAUAAUUACAAAUUAUUCAGUAAAUUAAUUCCAUGAACUUAAGAAGAAGAAAGAGAGAGAAAGAGGGGAAAAAGAAAUAUUUCUUGACCUCUCUAGACCCAUUUCAGAGUUAAAGUUUCCAUUUUUUUCUUUUUGGGUAUGGUUCGUCAUCAACAUUUUUAUUGAAAUUAUAGGGAAAAUUAGGAUGCUGAUUUGUUGAAUCUCUUUGAGAUCCAUUUAUAUUGUCCCAGAAAGAAACUUUGUGAUUUUCUUGGGUUAUUACAGUUUCUGUUAGUUUUCUUUUUUUUUUUUUUUUUGUGGGGUUGAAGAUUCAAUCUAUCAAGUGGGUUUGGAAUGUUAAAGUGCAAAUUGUGUUCCUUUUGUGUAUAUUAUGACAACUAUUCGAUUUCUAGGAUUUGGGUUGGAUUGAGUUUGAGCUGAAAAUAGAAAGAAAGUAGUAAAAAAAAAAUGGAAAAUACAGCUUUGAAGUCAGCUCCUUCUACUGGAGCUGAGGUUCCACCAGCUGAGGAGUUGUUGAAGAAGAUUCAAGAACUUGAAGAAGGUCAUGCCCGGUUGAAGAAAGAGAUGGCAAAGCUGUUAAUUUCGUCAGCAACUGAUCAGAAAUCCGGUGCUGUUGAAAGGCAUAGGUCUCAUUCUAUAUCUCCGGUGAGGCGCAGCGGUCCACGGCGAACUGGGCGGACUAGUGGAGGAUUUGAUGGUAGUGUACUGGGAGCUUGGAAAAAGGGUUCUGCUUCUUUCCGGCAUUCUUCGCCUUUGAGAUGGGAGAGCAGAAGUGGUGGGGGUGAUGGCGGCGGCGGCGGCGGUGAACCGGCGGCUGUUAAUUUUACAGACAAGCAUUAUUUGAAUAUAUUGCAGUCAAUGGGUCAAUCGGUUCAUGUGUUUGAUCAUAAUUUUCGCAUUAUUUACUGGAAUCGGAGUGCUGAAAAACUGUAUGGUUAUACUGCUUCUGAAGCUUUAGGAAAAAAUCCAAUUGAGCUUUUAGCAGAUGCCCAGGACUUUGAUGUUGCUACCAAUAUAGUCCAACGAGUGUUAAAAGGGCAAAGUUGGACAGGGCAAUUCCCAGUCAAGAAUAAGAAAGGGGAAAGAUUUAUGAUCAUUGUGACUGACUCACCUUUCUAUGAUGAUGAUGGCAAUUUGGUUGGGAUAAUAUGCGUAUCUGCCGAUGCGAGACCUUUUUUAGAAACAAAACCAGCAUUGUCAGGAGCAAAGCUUAAUCCAAGUUCUAGUAGUCGGCCUCGAUUGAUUGCUUCUGCAAAACUUGGACUUGAUCCUGAGCAACCUUUACAAGUUGCAAUUGCCUCAAAAAUAUCGAAUUUGGCUUCUAAAGUGAGUAACAAGGUUAAAUCCAAAAUGCGGGCGGGAGACAACACUUCCCUCGAUCAGGAGGGAGGUAGUGGAGAUAGUCAUUACUCUGAUCAUAAUUUAUCAGAUGCCGCUGCAUUCUCUGAUCAUCGAGAGGAUGCUGCUUCAAGUGGGGCGAGUACACCUCGAGGAGAUCAACACCGUUCUCCAUUUGGGAGAUUUUCCAAUCCUACUCAUGAUGAGGUCUCUCCAGGAAUCAACUCCCAAGGUGGUUAUGGGGAUGAACAUGAAGGAAAACCUGGGAUCUCGAAGAUCAUUACAUCAAAAGCAGAGGCUUUGCUUGGUAAAACAGGGAUAUGGCCGUGGAAAGGACAUGAUCAAGAGGGAUCUGCCGAGUCAAAGGGUGCUCCUCGGUUUGCAUGGCCGUGGUUGCAUCACAACUUUGAGAAUGACUUUAACGAACAAAAACCAUCUGUACAUCCAAAGGGGGACAACCAGGAAACUGAUAGGGCGUCAAACAACGAGGCUUCGGGAUCCUGGUCAUCGGUUAAUGUAAACAGCACAAGUAGUGCUAGUAGCUGCGGAAGCACCAGUAGCAGUGCUCUUAAUAAAGUUGACAUUGAUACCGACUGCUUGGAUUACGAGAUUUUGUGGGAGGACUUGACAAUUGGAGAACAAAUUGGGCAAGGUUCAUGUGGAACUGUCUAUCAUGCUCUGUGGUAUGGAUCAGACGUAGCUGUGAAGGUAUUCUCUAAGCAGGAAUAUUCUGAAGAAGUGAUCUUAUGCUUUCGGCAGGAGGUGGCUCUCAUGAAAAGACUGCGACAUCCAAAUAUUUUGCUUUUCAUGGGUGCUGUAACAUCACCUGAACGGCUGUGUAUUGUGACCGAGUUUCUUCCGCGAGGAAGUUUGUUCAGAUUAUUGCAACGUAAUAUGGCCAAAUUGGAUUGGAGGCGCCGUGUUCACAUGGCUUUGGAUGUAGCACGAGGCAUGAGUUAUCUUCACCAUUGUAACCCACCUAUCAUCCACCGAGAUUUAAAGUCCUCAAAUCUUCUUGUUGACAAGAAUUGGACCGUGAAGGUUGGCGAUUUUGGUCUUUCACGUCUUAAAAGAGAAACAUACCUGACUACAAGGACCGGGAAAGGAACACCUCAAUGGAUGGCACCUGAAGUUCUUAGAAAUGAACCUGCUGAUGAGAAGGCUGAUGUGUAUAGUUUUGGGGUGAUAUUGUGGGAACUCGCUACUGAGAAAAUUCCUUGGGAUAAUCUCAAUUCUAUGCAGGUCAUUGGAGCUGUAGGGUUCAUGAAUCAACGGCUUGAUAUUCCUAAGGAUGUUGAUCCUCAAUGGGCUGCAGUAAUUGAGAGCUGCUGGCGUAGUGAACCUCAGAGCCGGCCAUCAUUCCAAGAACUUGUCGAGAGACUUAGAGACAUGCAAAGACAAUAUACGAUCCAGUUUCAGGCUACACGUGCCGCCAUUGCAGCAGAUAACAGCCGUAAAGAGUCAUAA